UUGAACGAGAUUGACGAUAGUCCCUUCGAUAGAGAGCAGCGAUACCAAAGUAACAAAGAUGGGCCGCUGCAAUUGCCGUACCUAUAGCUUGGUUGUGGGCAUCAUUGAAAUGCUGGUGUGUGUGAUUUUUAUUAUCUCAUCGUUGACAAUCAUAACGCUGCACUGCAUCUUAUCGCAAGAUGGAAAUAAGAAAACCUUCAAUACCACCAUGGGAAUUUUGGGCACCGACAUCUAUGGCGGCAAUACUCUGGAUGAAGUCACCAAAGUGAAAGACAAGGAGGAAGUAAAUGUGAUGUCAAUUAUUGCCUUCAGUAUAGGAUGUUUUAUUGUUCUGUUGUUGGCUGCAUUGUUGGUAAUAGGAAUUUUGCGGGACCGUCCCAAUCUUAUGGCACCCUACAUCUAUGCGGACUUCUUGUUCAUUGGACUGAUGGUGUUGGGAACCAUUUUUGGACCAUUCUUGGAUGAGAACCAAGAACUAAGUACCGGGGAAAUUGUCUUAAAUCUAAUAUCAGAUAUUUUAUAUACAGCUUUUACAAUUUUACUGUUUACACCUAUCUACAUACAUUAUCGCCGUAUGCGUGAUAACCAAGACCAAUCCGAACAACUUGCCUUAAGGAGCAGUACAGUCAAUCAGGUUCGCUACGUCCAAGGUGGUGAUGUUUAAGUACUGACUUGAAGUAUGAUAUUAAAGUUUGGAAAUAUAUAUUAAAAAAAUAGCAAAUAUUUUACUUUUCGCCGCUGACACAUAGUACUUUUAUGUAAUAAGUGAUAUGCAAUAAUUUACUAAA